AUGGCUGAACACACUCUUGGCUGUGCCGAAUCAUGGAGAUGGUUGCACGAACUGGCGAUUGAGUUCAACGAUAUUGGUCGGCAUACAGAAGCCGUUAGGCUCAUGGAGAAUUUGUUGGAAGCACAACAAACGAAACUAGGACACAACCAUCCUCUUACAUUGACAACAAUGCAUGAGCUGGCGGUGGAUUACAACGACGCUGGGCGAUGUGAGGAGGCACUGUACCUCAUGGACUAUGUGGUGAGCCAGCGCAAACGGAUCCUUGGAGGCGACCACCGCGAGACGCUGGAGUCCAUGCAUGAGCUUGCGAUGUUCUACAGCGGGAGUGGGCAACAUGGAGAAGCGUUACGACGGAUGAGCGAAGUGGUGGAAAUCCGAAGACAGCAGCUUGGAGAAGAUGAUCCGGAGACCAUCGAAUCGAUGUAUGAGCUAGCAAUCGAAUACAGCCAGCACAACCGAUACAGUGAGGCGCUUUCACUCAUGCAAAAGGUCGUGGAAUUACGCAAGAGUGUAUUAGGGGAAGACGAUUUUGAGACAGUGGAGUCGAUCCACAAGCUUGCGAUAUUGGCCCAAGCCUCUAGAGCGCGAUGCAACCUAUAA